UGUAAAGGAUCCGACAUUUUCGUUCCUUACGUAGUAUAGUAUCGCUCUCCCCAGAUCCGACCCGUUCCCUCUCCCUCUCCUUCUACAUGAGACGCUAAACCCUAAUUCCCACAAUCUCAGGGAUUCGCCAUUUCUUUUUUGGUUUUCGAUUCGAGCUCCCUCAGUGAAGUGCCGAGGAUUAUGCGCUAAUGGCCGUUCACAGGCUCGGCGGCGAGCCGUUGCGCUAUCGCCGAGCGCGGCGGAUCGCACGAAUAUUGAGGCGGCGGUGCUUCCUCGGCAUCUUCUCCGUCUCUUUUCUCUCCUUACUCUAUCUCGCCUUCUUUCACCCGAAACUCUCGUUUCAUGCUUUGCACCACGGCCGGGUUAACCAAGGAAAUACUGGGCACCGAAGCAUUAUAAGUACAUUGUAUUCAUCGGACAAUGAAUCUGAUGUUUCAUAUGUUAGUGGUAAAGCUGAAGCGGAGACUUCUAGACAUCCAAGAGCUAAAUCUCACAAGCACCAUGUACCGUGUGAUAUUGAGUUUGUGGACUCAGUUGAGGAUCUUGUGGAGCCUGAGAACUACAUGAAUUUCACGCGAUUUUCACUAGACUAUAUCAUUGAAGAGGAAGCUUUCUAUCAGACUGAUCAAUCUGAGCCUUUAUUUGGCGGACGUCAGAGCAUUGAAGAAAGAGAAAACUCGUUCUACGCUGAGAACCAAACAAUACAUUGUGGUUUUGUCAGAGGACCAGGGGGGUAUCCUGGCAGUGGAUUUGAUUUGGAUGAGAAGGACAAGGAAUUCAUGGCCACUUGCAUUGUGGUGGUCUCAUCAUGCAUCUUUGGAAGCUCGGAUUUUUUGAGGAGGCCAACUAGGAGUAAGAUUGGCACAUACUCUAAGAGAAAUGUAUGCUUCGUGAUGUUCCUGGAUGAGCUAACAUUGACAAAAAUUUCUUCAGAAGGAAACAUUCCUAACGAGAAUGGGUUCAUUGGCUUAUGGAGAGUUAUUGCAGUGAAGAACCUACCAUAUACAGAUAUGCGGAAAACUGGAAAAGUGCCAAAGUUUCUGUCACACCGACUUUUCCCAUCAGCUAGGUACUCUAUUUGGAUCGAUAGCAAAAUGCGUCUUAAUGCUGAUCCUAUGCUAAUUAUCGAAUACUUCUUGUGGCGAAAGAAAUCAGAGUACGCUAUUUCAAGACACUAUGACCGUAGCUGUGUCUGGGAGGAAGUUCUUCAAAACAAGCGCUUGAACAAGUACAACCACACUGCAAUUGAUGAACAAUUUCUCUACUACCAGUCUGACGGUCUAAUCAAGUUUAAUGAGUCUGACCCAGAUGUCCCUCUUCCAAGUUAUGUACCUGAAGGCUCUUUUAUAGUGCGUGCCCACACCCCAAUGUCUAACUUAUUUUCAUGUCUUUGGUUCAAUGAGGUUGACCGUUUCACUUCCCGUGACCAGUUGAGCUUUGCAUAUACUUUCUUAAAGUUGAGGAGAAUGAACCCGGGAAAACAUUUUCUCCUAAACAUGUUCAAGGAUUGCGAACGAAGAGCAAUUGCUAAAUUGUUCCAUCACCGGACUGAAGAAUCAGUUCCACCGCCACCUCCACAUUAACUGCAGAUAAGUUCUUGGUGACCUCAUCGGCAAAGUUCAUGUUGGGAGUACCAAAUGAAUUUCACUUGGAUCAAUUCUGCAUUCCCCUCUCUGCCAGCCGCACCAUUUGUGAAGCAAUUGUCAAGAGGCAAAGCGUCAGCACCAGAGGGAGCUCUGGAUCUCCUAGGCAUAUAUGUUUGUACGCUAUGUAAACGGCAAAAUUCUUAUGUUGCUGUGAUGCAUGUAGUCAAAAUUAUUGUGCAGUUUUUUUAAAAUUAAAAUAAAGAAUCAUUGGUAAACUAAACUUUCUCA